AUGUCUACAAAAGAGGACAGCUUAGAUGAGCUUGAAUACAUAUACCCGGUUCCUAAAGGCUUGGUUACCAAUUGUCCGGUUUGUUUCGUCUCUCUGUACCAAGACCCAUUUGUGAAUGGUGAAUGCGGGCAUCAUCUGUGCGGAUCUUGCAGCAAACGACUGAAGCUUUGUCCUGAAUGUCGUGUCUGCCUUAAAACACAACCAGAUAAAAGUCUCCAAAGAGUUCUCAAGUCCCUUUCCGUCUAUUGUAAUAAGAAGAAUGAGGGUUGCGAGUGGGAGGGCGAAUUAGGUGAUCUUCAGCACCACCAAGAAAACUGUGUGCAUGCUGUUAUCCGUUGUGCCACUUGUGAUCUUGAAGGUCCAAGACACCAGAUUUCAAUUCAUCAAAAUGAAAAGUGCAUGUUUAGAAUAGUUUCAUGUGAAUAUUGUUACCACCAGUGUAGCUGGAGUGAUCUGAAUUCACAUUAUGAUCUCUGUUCUGAAUUCAUUAUUGAGUGCUCUGGAUGCUCUGCAAGUAUAACAAGAGGAUAUGAAGAGAUGCACAAUAAUGAAGUCUGCCCAUUAGCAUAUGUAAAAUGUGUUGCAUCUCAAUAUGGGUGCCAGUGGGAAGGACAUCGAAGAACAAUGGACGAUCACGUAAAGGACAAUUUGGUGGUACAUUUCAACCUCUGCCUUCAGCAAUGUUCUAGAAAUGAAAGUGCUCUUGCUUCCUGUAAAGAUGUAAUUAAGCAAUUGGAAUCUGAAGUUAAAAAAAAGAAUCAAGAGAUUACUUCGUUAUGCCAGAAAUUGGAAUCUGAAGUUAAAAAAAGGAAUCAAGAAAUCACUUUGUUGUGCCAGAAAGUGUCUACACUAGAGCAAAAUAAUCAAUGCUUAUUAGACCAAAUUCCAUUAAUGGAAAGCAAAAUGAAGAGAAAAAUGGCAGUAUGGCAGGAUGCAGCAGAAAAUGAUCUGAGGAAAGAAUUAAAAGACUAUAUUGAUGAACGCUUGGAAUCAGGGGCAGAAACUGAUGAUGAGGACGAAAUGACAGUAUGGCAGAAUGCAGCAGAAAAUGAAGAAUUAACCGACUACAUUGAUGAAUGCUCAGAAUCAGGAGAAGAAACUGAUGAUGAGGAUGAUGAGGAUGAUGAGGAUGAUGAGGAUGAUUAUGAUAGUGAUAGUGAUAUUGUUAAACAAAAGCCAACCUUUUCGUACGAACUUAAUCAUUUCAUCAAGUUUAAAAACAAAAACAAAGAUGUUUUUAGUCCUUCAUUCUAUGCCAAUGGCUACAAUAUGCGGUUACGAGUACAUCCAAAUGGCUAUGGUAAGGGUGAGGGUAGCCAUGUCUCUGUUUAUGUGUGUCUGCUUAAAGGAAAUUAUGAUCAUACAGUCUCAUGGCCUUUUAGGGGAAAAGUUAUUAUUGAAUUAUUGCACAAUUCCAGUGGGCAACCUCAUAGAAGAAUUGUGAAAUAUGGGCAUAAUACUCCAGUAGAUUUCUCAACUGUGGCAAAAAAAUCAACAAAAGGAAAUGGCUUUCCUAAAUUUAUAGCUAGCUCAAGUUUGGUUAACUACCUUAGUAAUAGCACUUUACGGUUUGAGGUUUUUGUUAUUUGUCAAUAG